AUGGCGGAUUUCUUAGCUAAGCUUGCCUCAUCUAGUGGAAAUGCAAAGUAUAGAGUAAGUGAAAAUAGAAAGGACUGGGCCGGAAAGCUGGACGAUGCAUUAUGGGCAUAUCGAACUGCAUACAGGACCCCUAUAGGUACUUAUCCGUAUAAGUUAGUUUAUGGGAAGGCAUGCCACUUGCCCGUAGAGCUUGAACACAAAGCCUAUUGGGCGAUUAAAAAACUGAACAUGGAUAUGGACUUAGCCGGCGAUAAGAGGUUGCUACAACUUAAUGAGCUUGAUGAGUUUCGAUUGCAUGCGUACGAGAAUGCCAAAUUUUAUAAAGAAAAUACCAAGAGGUUGAAGCUCUUCCCCGGAAAGCUUAAAUCUCGAUGGGCAGGACCUUUCGUUGUGGUAGGUGUGAGGCCUCAUGGAGCGGUGGAAUUACGUGAUACGAGCUCAAGUGGUACCUUCUUAGUAAAUGAUCUGCGAGUGAAACAUUAUUGGGGUGGUGACAUUGAACGUCACAAGACCUCAGUGGACUUGGCCGAUGCUUAA